AUGACGUCUCUAGGAUUGUACUCUGUUGAAGCCGACGUCGAAGGAAUGGUGAAGUCGAACGUGUGGUACAGCGGCGUUCAGCAUUGGUCGGUUAGUUUCCGCGACCAGCGAGCGACCAACGACCGGUCGGCGGCUGCUUCGACAUACUGUCGUCGCCUCGGUGCUGCAGAGUGUUUGGUUGCAGAUAAUCGAACGAACGCUAUGAGUCGAUGA